AUGGAAAAGUUUGGCUGCCCCACCAGGUUCACUGGAAUAGUUCACCAAUUCCAUGAUGGUAUGAUGGCCCGAGUUCUGGAUGAUUGUGAACCUUCUGAGGCCUUCCCAGUAACCAACGGAGUCAAACAGGGUUGUGUCCUGGCUCCAACACUAUUCAGCAAGAUGUUUUCGGCUAUGCUGACCGACGCCUUUAGAGCCUGCAAACCUGGCAUCAAAAUCAGGUUUAGGACUGAUGGAAAGCUGUUCAAUCCCAGGAGACUGAAAUCUGUCACGAAGGUGAAAGAGACAAUUCUCAGAGAUUUCCUCUUCGCGGAUGACUGUGCCCUAAACGCUGGCAAUGAACAUGAGAUGCAAGCAGAAAUGGACUGCUUUUCCACAGCCUGCAACAACUUCGGCCUCACCAUCAGCACCAAGAAGACUGAGGUAAUGUUCCAACCAGCUCCAAUACCAAUACCACAAGCAGUGAAUGGUCAGACCCUCCAGGCAGUAGAGACCUUUGCUUACCUGGGAAGCACCCUCUACCGAAAUGCCAACAUUGACUCAGAAAUUAGUGCCAGAAUUGCCAAAGCAAGCAGUACCUUCGGAAGACUGAGGAAUAAUGUAUGGGAGAGACGCGGGAUUAGCCUCCAGUCGAAACUGAAAGUGUACAGGGCAGUAAUCCUCACCACCCUCCUCUACGGUUGUGAAGCCUGGACAAUGUACAGAAGGCAUGAAAGACAAGUGAAUCACUUUCACCUAAGUUGCCUUAGAAACCUCCUUCACAUCCGCUCGCUGGACAAAGUCCCUGAUACAGAGGUCAUGAAACAGGCAAAUCUCCCCAGCAUCACCACCGUUAUUCGCAAGUCUCAGCUGAGAUGGGCAGGCCACGUCUCCCGCAUGUCGGACCACCGCAUCCCAAAACAGCUCUUUUAUGGUGAAUUAUGCCAGGGCAAGCGCAGAGUCGGAGGGCAGAGAAAGCGCUACAAAGACAGUUUAAAGGUCUCCCUCAAGGACUUCAACAUCGAGUCAGAAUCCUGGGAGUCACUGGCCUCUGAUACACCUACCUGGCGGUGUCUCAUCGCCAAAGGGGCAACCACGGCAGAGGAGCGAAGGUCUCUCCAAACAGAGACAAAACGAGAGGCACGCAAGGCCAGAGCCAUCAGCAACAAAUGCAAAGCCCAUACCCACUUCUGCCCUAUCUGUGGAAGGGGUUUCCUUGCCCGGAUCGGCCUCAUCAGUCAUCUCCGGACACACCUAGCCAGCUCAACCUUAUCUACCAACUGA